AUGCCGGCGCCCUUCAAGCCGGUCCUUGUACGACCAGACAACUUUCUGGAUGACGAUUUUGAUCGAAACGACGAAGAGAGGGUCCGUCCUCCAUUAACAAGUCUACAGCCACGUCUGCAACAUCUAAGCAGAUACGUGCACGCUGCGAACGAGAACUGGAGUCUUCAGCUACUCUCACGUCUGAAAGAUCUAAGCAAGUACGUGCACACUACGGACAGUACUUCGGGUCGUCAGCUCUUCCCACGUCUGGAAAAUCUAAGCAAAUACGUGCUCGCUGCGGACAGUACCUUGAGUCGUCAGCUACACCCACAAGACAUUAUUAAGAACCUGGGUCUCUCAGCUAGUCUGGAUAAGGAGCAAGACGGUGAACGGCUUUUGGUUUGGUUUGCGUGCGUCAUGGUAUACCGACGUCGAGGGAAUCACUAUGGCGACAAGGACAUCAUUGAUAAUCUGGCGACUGAUGCGAACAAAGGCAACUUUGCGCGACUUCUCCAUCAUUUUCGGGGCCACCCCGCCAUGAUCAGUUUCACUGACAAUUUGCAGCGAGAGCUUGCCACGAAGUACCCGGAUACGUUGGACACGAUUAUCCAUUUAUGGCUGGACUCCGGAUUGAAACCUGACGAAGUCUUCCCACUCUUGCCUAUUGCAGCUAUCGCUCCGUUUACACUUAACGACAAAACGAUUCAUUUAACCAUCAUUGAGAACCUGUCAAUAUGGAUGCAUUAUGUUGGUGAAUUCCGAGCAAGAUACGGGGUCUACAGUGAUAAAGAUGUCGUGAUGGUGCUGGUGAAAAACAGAGGAGAAGACGAGACUAUGGCGUUUCUCCACGGGAUACGAGGCAUCGUCUACUUCAAGGUAUACAGUACUAGCUUGAUGGAAGCGCUGGUCUCGACAUACCCACGGACUAUUCCGAAGAUAGUAACGAUAUGGCUGAAGUCGAACAUAAGCCCUUUCGAAGUCUAUAAGAUGAUGCCCAUUGCAGCGGUGAAGGAAAUUGGUUUCGGCUCCGAUAUUAUUGCGGCUGCAAUCGCGUUCAAGUGGUUUCUGGGGUAUGUGCGGAUCUUCCGAGCUACCAGAAACAAUGAAUUUAGCAUCCAUUCCGUCGUUGGGCUAUUGCUGAAAGGAAGCAGAACUAAACUGGGCGUGACAAACGUGCUCAAACAGAUUGGGAAAGACAAAAAAUGGAAAGGAUUUAUAAAAGAGGUGCUGGAAGCGAUGGAGGACAGCAGGUGGUACAACAAGCACUGA